CGUCACGGCUCAACGGGCGUGGUCGUCGAUCCUGACACUGUCUCAUUCUUCGUCUUCUUGACUCCUCUCCCUAUUCCCCAUCUUUCCAACUCCAGCGACUCAUCAUGGACCCCUCGUUUAACACAGGUGGCUGUUCACCAUGCCUUUCCUCCUUGUGAUCAGCAACCCCUGAUCGCUAAAAGUCUAGAAUUCCACCACAUCAUUUCCUAAUGCCCCACCACAAUGAUGACCGGAAUUCUGACUCCCCACAAGUCACCGAAGCGCAAACGCGAUGACAUAGACUAUAGGUUAAGGACUGCUUCAACGUCCCCUGCUUCUUCUGUUACGUCGAUAAGCGCAAAGGAUGAUCACCUUGAUGAUGAAUGUAGCCCUGCCAUUGGGGGGAAUAGUCCCCAAAUCUCAGUAGCGGGUGAGCUGGGAGAGCUUGACCUGCACGGAACUUCUACCCAUAGGUUUGAGAGCGCAAGCCAUGGUGCGUCAGAUGACAAACAGAUGACAGAUAAAAUGGACGAGGAGCCAUCUGUACAAGGCACAAUAAACAUCGAUGCGGCACCGACUGUAACCCCUACCGACACCAAGGAAAAAGAGAAGAUACCCCUCGCAUCACCAGAUGGCGGAGACUUGCAAGCUACGAGCGCAGCUCCGGCACGGCAACAAUCCAAACACAGCUCACAACAAAAACACAGGUCCCGUCAAAAAUCUCCACCACUUUCAGGCGAUGUCAAUGAAAACCCGUUUACUUGGCGCGACUCGGAAAUAACGGGGUAUGCACCUACUGAUCCGAACGAUGAUGGGUACGGAAUUAACGGAAUUGGUUUCAAGCCCACAGCUGCGAUUGUGUGGGAUAGAUCACAGAGAAGGAAAAAGCAGGUGGCAGAAUGGAAGAGCCGUGAGGCGAGGGAGGCGAGAGAGAUGCGGAAAUCACGCCGUGAUGGGAUUCUUGCGGACGAGCAUGUGGAAAACAAAAUACAGGUCUAUAAAAAGGUCAAAUUUGACAUAGCUACGGAGGAUUAACAAUCGGAUACGUUUGAGCUGGAUAUGUCGACUGUGCCAUGCCAACUUCAGAGGCAUUCGGAAACCAGAUUAAGAAUCUCGUUCCAUUGUUAUGAAAUCAUAUGCAUGUCUAAUAUACAGAAAUUGUGGAGUGCCACAUGGCUAUGUUUUAUACAAAUGAGAUAUAUCCUUUCACUCCGGCUUUCCCCCAACAUACUGGAAUGACACAAUAACUCCCGACUCUUGCGCCUGUAUGUAUGCCUACCAAAACUUGUAAUUCGACAGAUUUGUCCAGCUUUUGCGCCGCCGCUCCUCUUCUGCCGCUGCCGCUUCUGCCUCCGCCUUUGCCCGCUCUCGUUCCUUUAGUUUCUUAAUUUUGAGAUCUCGCAUAAGUUCCACAGCCUCUUUAAUCCCGUCACGUUCCUGAACCCUUCGCCGCUGGCAAAAUUCAUACAUUCCUAUGGAGGCAACUGCGAAGGUUCCAACGGCCCAAUUACAGGCUGGCCAUGCUGCGCGAAGUCCUAUUUCAUUGUACGAAUGGAGUCAGCAUGGGAGAAUCUCUGAUA